AAAUAAUAAUAAUAAAUAAAUAAAUAAAUAAAAAAUUAGGCUAACUUUAUAAAAAGAAAUAAUAAAGCAUGUGAGAAUGAGGAGAUAAUUAAUUUAAAUUUCUUCUUACAAAUAUAAAAAAUAAUAUAUAUAUAUAUAUAUAAAUAAAGAAUUUUCUUUUCUUUUCUGAACACGAUGCCACCGAGAGCUAAGAAGCGUAGAAUGGCUCAACCAGCAGCGACUGCCACACAGCAGCCAAGUGGUAGUCAGGCUACGGUGUCUGUGAAUUCCCAGACGUACUCGUCGACGGCGUCGGCAGGAUGUCCAGUACAUGUACCAAUACCACCGACCCAGGCUCCAUCAACUUCCGUUGUGGCGGAAGCGCAACCCAUGUUGACGACAAGUGCAGGGCCAUCCUUUGCACCGACCACCUCUGGAGCAACAAUCUCAACUCCAACAGAUGUUGGUACCACCCCUGCUCCUGUCCCAUCAAUACAUAUGAUUGGUAUGAAUGUUUCUAGCACAGUCAAACAACGUAUUAUUAGUGGGCAGUAUAUUGAUUUGGCCACAUUGGUAACACCAAAAUCAGGGUCUGAUGAAAAGAAAUUAGUUAUGAAUAGUAUGGGUGAGAUAAUUUAUAAAGAUGCCAACCCAAAAAAGGUAGAAAAUAUUGAGCAAUGGACUGACCUUAUGCUCAUAUUUGCAAGUGUGUACUUGAGUGCACAUCCCGCCAAGACUCUUGACCUACUUAAGUACAUACAGACCGUAAGAAUGGGUGUUAGCAGGGGGGCUAUAUCUUGGAAAGAAUAUGAUACGCAGUUUAGGCUGCGCAAAGAGCAAAAUCCUGUGUCUUCUUGGGGUGAAAUUGACUCGGAAUUAUGGUUGAUGUAUAUGCAUUCUGGGCCCGCUUAUAACGUAACAAAUGCACCCAAAACCAAUAAUGAUAAAUGCUUCAAUUUCAAUUACAAGGGAUCUUGUGACAAAUUCCCAUGCAUGUAUAAACACAGUUGUAUUCGAUGUGGUAGUAACCAUCCACAGAUACAUUGCCUUACACAAGCCUCAAACACUGGGUCCGCACAAAUAUUUCGCCAACAAAAUUCAAGUGGUCAAUUCUAUGGACAGUCAAGUUUUCGUCCACAAACCACCAAUGCAAAUACCAACUAUAAGGGGUAUUCAACCAAUGCAAAUACCAAUUAUAGGGGGUAUUCCAGCAGCAACACCCAGCGCCCCACCUACUCAAGACCAAGAUUCCGCACCCCGCAAUCUAUGGCGUCUAGGUUCAACGCCUAUUAAUGUACACGCCCUUAAAAAAUGUCUCGUCCACUAUCCUAACAGAAUCAUAGCAAAUCGCCUAAUCCAAGGGUUCUCUCAAGGGUUUAAACUUCAUUAUCAUGGGCCUAGAUUACCAAUUCAAUGUAAUAAUUUGAAAUCCGCGGACGAUCAUCCUAAUGAACUUAAAGAGAAAAUCGAUAAAGAAAUUGAAAUGGGGAGGAUACAGGGUCCUUUCACGAAAAUACCAAUUUCUAAUCUUAGGUUAUCUCCAAUUGGGCUAGUGCCGAAGGGGGAUAAUUUGG